GUCUUAAUCAAUCACGAAAGGAGGGAGUGAAACCACUGAAACUCUGCAAUGGCCUCUACCACUGCAAAGUCUGUCACCGACGACACCAGCCAAACCAAUGAUAUGUCCUUAGAGGACAAACUGGCUUAUUUGGAUAAGGAAAUUCGCCUGCUGCACCGAUUUUGUACGGAAUCUGGCUACAGUCAACAACAUAUUGAACGAUGUGCCGAGCCAUUUUUCCGGCCUAUCAGAUCAGCCAAGCGGAAGAAAUUGAGAUGUCAUCUAAUUCUCGUGACAGCAGCCGUGGCUGUUUUCUCGGCUCUGCUGUAUAUCGAUCCGGCGUAUAGACUGAUGGCUUCCUCUGGACGACUUGCAUACAUAAAAAUUCUACCAUAUUGGGAUUGGUCGGCCAUGUUUGAUUGGAACUGUCUGAUUAACAACCCUUUGUUUACUGAUGACUUGAAGGAGGAUGAUUGCAAAUCCUGUGUGGAUAUUGACAUCAUAGAGAGAGUGAGUGACCUCGACUCCGUCUACUUCGCGGAGGAGUAUCUGAAGAAAGACGUCCCAGUAAUCGUGGAGGAUGGCUUGAAAGGUUGGCCAGAACAGAACAUAACCGUCGCUAAAAUUAAGGAGCUGUAUGAGCAACAUAAAAUCAUGAUGCAACACUCUGUGUGUAACUUGACGACCAGCAUCACAGGUAAAAAGGACAAGCAGUCCCCUAACCACAGGAGAGUGUUUGCAGAGAUCAGAAACCAGGACUUCUUUCUACAGUGGGAGAAUUGUCAUCCUAAAGCAGGGAAGGCCUUCCGGUCGGAAUUUUACCGUCGGCCGUACUUCAUGCCUCAGAUGGUGGAGGUAGACACAAGCAACUGGCUGUUAAUGUCACACGGGAAACCCAAAUUCGAAGCGGAACCUUUACUGGUACCUAUCCACAAACAGCUGUUGAUCCUGAUUCAGCUGAAGGGCGAGGUGAUGGUUCACGUUGUACCAGACAAAUUGUGCGAGACACAGUGUAAGCCCGUCACAUCCGUCCUCUCGGAGGGACAGAUACUUUUGGUGACAAUGACAGAUGUUCUGUACGACGUACUAUAUCUACCGUACGGAGACGAAGAAAACAUCUCGAUAGCAAUUCAUGGAAAUUAUGAUUAACACAAUUCAUUUUGAACAGACAAUUUAGCUACCAUGUGGACAGAAAACAUGAAACUUUAGUGUAAGAAAUGGUACAUUUACUUGCUGUACCAUCAAGAAUGGACAUGUGUACCUAGAGUAUAGACAGGAACAGUCAACAUGCUUAUACCAAGAAAUCAGCAAUGGAUUCUCAAAUAAAGGAUGGCUGUAUGUCAUUAGUCCUAUAGUAGAGAAAAUACAGAUUGGAUGCAUCUUUGAUAUCUACUAUUGUGUAGAAAUAAAGUUCUUCCAAGAAGUUCAACUAGUCACAACUUUUCUGUCUUCUAUUCUACGAUGAUAAAUGUUCUGAUGAUCAAGAAAUUGUCAAACUGAUCAAAUUUUUCUUAUUUUAUGAAAGACACAUAUUUUGUUAAAACAAUGUAUUUGACAAGUUUCUAUGACAAUAUUUCUAAUCUUUAUAUGUAAUUGUUCAAAAUCUUUGGCUUUUGUUUGUUGAGAAAGAUGUAUGUGUACAUAUAGACAACAUGGAACAAAUACCUGUAGCUUAAGACGUCUAGACACUUGUACCUUGCAGAGGUGAGAAAGAUUUCAAAAUUGUCAUUACUCUGCAAUGAAGUGUGAAUGUAUUGCAGCUUCGAUAUGAAACAACUUCUUACACGUAUGGUUUAUCUCGGUGAUAUAGUCAGUUUCAGGCUAAACAAGAUCCUGUAUUUUCCUAGGAGCAAGAACAGAUGACUCCUUCUGCUAGAAAUCAUGGUUGUUAUUUGCAACCAAGAUUAUGUUCUCAAUUUUUUGUGUCAUUUUAUGCUAAUGUAAUGCGACCUCAUUAUUUCGUCCUCAAUUAAUGGUGCUUUGGUCUGCCCUUGUUGCUCAGUUCACAUUUCCAACAAGUGAACAUUAAUACGAGUUUUGACAAAAAUAUAAUAUGCCUGUUGAAGGUUUGCACAAUGAAAUAGAAGCAAUAUAAGUAUGCUCAUCCGACAUCUCAGAUGGCACUUCACCGACUUGUUUAUUGUGCUAUUGGAUAAAGCCUUCAUGAAAUAGAUCUAGGUGUACGUGUAUUGCACUUUUACACUCCGAGACAUCACAUGAGCAUGUGAGUAGUGUCUAGGUAUUUAUCAGCAUUAAGGUAGGGUAUCCCAGUGCUAGAUGUUGUAUCUGAUAGUGAAGAAAAGUUAGAAUUUGUUUGGAAUUGCUAUAUUUUAUUCAUAAUAGCAGACUUCUAUAGGAAAGAUUUUUUUUAAAUUUACUUUUUCACAAAAAAAAUAUCCUUUUCAAAUUACAAGGGGAUUUGAUCAAAGACUUCUUGAUGUUUGUUUUCUGAAACAUUACUGGGAUUUUCUGAUUUAUUCAUCAGCUUACAAAUGUCUAUACAUGAUAUAGAGGAAAUAACAGAACUCAACCAGGAAAAUUACUUGCAAAUGCCUGUAGAUUAGCAAAACUAUGGAGCAGCUUCCUUAACAUAACCUGGUACAUGUAUUUAGAAAAUAUCAUUGAAGACUCAACAAGAACCAGAUGCUUUUAAAAUCAGUUGAAUUUAUUCAAAUUUAGUACAAUAAUCAAAAUCCAACACUUUCGUUAACAUCAACAAUGUGUUGUACUCGUACAACAUAACAUAAAUCUGAUCCCCCGCACCAUUUACACCGAAAGUACCACAAGAAAUCGCUUUUAAUAAUCACCAAGGAGUAGUGAUUCAACCUACUGAGCAACUAACAUUACUUCCCACAACCCCAAAAUGAUGGACAUAGAAACAUUUCUUCACUUUUCUGAAUAAAGCCUUGCAAUACUGUCAAUGUUUGAGGGUGGUGAUGCUAUUUAGCAGAAAAAUUAGUAGUUGCAAUGAAGCAGCAUUAUGCAUAAGAAAAUGAAAUUAGUAGAUUAACCUGCGGUUUGUACAUGUACUUACACAUUACAUUUGAGCAGCUUUAUGCAGCUUACGGCACAUGACAUAAACUAGUAGACACAA